AUGGACAAGGUUCAAGGUUCUUUUGUAUUUUUAUUUUUGUUCUUAAUGGAAUUCCCGCUUCAUUUGUGCUUGCCUUAUGCAGAUGGGUUCCAUCCAGUUGGAAAAAUGACAGGCUUGCCAGGCAACAAAGAAUCACGAAAGCCCAGAAACGUCACCAAACAGUCUAAAGUUUUUUUCAGGAAAAUUCAGUAUUCUGCAAUUCAAGUGACUUCCUCAAGACCCACAGCUAGAUUACCUAGUAACCCCAUGAAAUUCAUGAGGAAUAACACAAUAAUUCCACAUAGACCUGUUCUUUCCCUAGUAAUUUUAAUUGCGUGUAUAGCCUUCACCGUUGCCCUGAUAUGUGGUAUGGCAAUCUCCUAUAUGAUAUAUCGACUGGUACAGGCUGAGGAAAGACAACAACUUGAGUUGCUUUAUAAGAAUGUCAGGAUACCGUUACUAGGAGAUGAAGAGGAGGGCUCUGAAAAUGAGGAUGAGUCCACAUACCUGCUUCCUGAGAAUGAGAAGGAACUGGAAAAGUUCAUUCAUUCAGUUAUUAGAUCAAAAAAAAGGAAAAAUAUUGAAAAUAAGAAGAAAUUGAGGGAACAGCAGAAGCUAAUAAAGGAAGAAAAAACAAAGAAUGCUGCAUAUAGUGCAAAAAUGGAGAAUUUGUGA